AUGCCAUCGCACAACCGCUCUAAACGCAACAGGAAUCACACCAAGGGGCAGGAUGAUGAACGUUUGCUCGCAACUCGGGCUGCAGGUGACGACUCGUCGUAUAAGGAGUCUUACUCGCGCCGUCAAGGCGACAAUUACAGGCCUUCUUCCACGCAGAGCAGGCAUUAUGACAGCGAUAGAGAGCCCCUCCCAUCCAGGAGCCAUCCACCUUCGUGGCGUGAUGCAGACGUUCAUGACAGAUAUGAACCUCUCUCUUCUGACCCAUAUGUGCGCAACGGCAGAGAUGACUAUGAUACAGUUGACUCAAGGGAGAUGGAUGGUUGGGUUGGUCGCGGGAGCAGCGAGAGUCGCUACGAACGCUCCAAUGAAGACUGGUCACGGAGAUAUGACUCGUCGUAUGCAUCGUCUUCGUACGCUGAGCCCUCAGCGUGGCGCUCCUCCACCUACGAAGACAGAUCCACGUCUUACACCUCUUGGGUCCCGGAGACUCGCACAUCUAGGGUAAUAGAGGAACCACUGGUUGAACGAGACUCACCAAGCCGCCGCCGUGAGGAUGGACAUUCGGGAGGGGGGCAAAAGUGGAAAAGCGAUAAUGGUUGGGAUACUCGUCGGGAAGUUCGGGAGCAAACAUGGAGUGAAAGCAAACCCGUCGAUCCCCUCGUCGAACCCUCUCCAGAAGAUCGCACCUGGGAGCCAGCACCUGGCUGGCAGCCGCCGGAGCGUCGGGAUAGUCACCACAACCACAGCCAGAACGACAAGCAAAGCCAUAGUAGCAAAAAUGGCAACCGCAACCACCGUUCCAAAGGCAAGAAGAGCAAGAGGAACAGUGAUCAGAAUCCACUGCAAAAGCGUGAACGCGAACGAGACUGGCGAAUAGACGACGGGGACUUUAAUAAUUGGCAACGGCGCGAUGUAGCUCCUGUCCAGACGGCAACAAAAAAAUCCAAUCGUAAACGACACCCUCGCUCUACUUCCUACUCACGGUCAAGAUCACCGCCUGAAUCUUAUUCCUCCAGGCGCUACUCUCGCAGUCGAAGCCGGUCUGCGUCGCCAACUACACCCUCUACCAAACGCCGACGACGAGCAUCAAGUCCUACACGACCCUCUCCAGCUAGUGAGCGCGGACGUACUAGUUGGAAGCAGCAGAACGAGCGGCCGUCCCCUAGAUCGACAUCCCGUCGCAGUGUGGAUAGCCGCCGACCUCGCAACCGAAGUGCAUCUUCUAUGUCAAGUGCAACAAGGAGUUCACGAAGCCCAAGCCCGGAUGGUCAACCAAAACCGGUCCAUCGACUUCCCCAAGCUAGUAGUGUUCCGAUCCCACCUUACGUGGCUACCAACGCUAGUCGUGCUUCGAGGAAGUCCAAAUCGAAGUCAAAUGGCAAAUUACGCAACAACACAGAGACCUUGACUCGUCAUCCGCUACCUAUGAACCCUUCUCACGCGGCUGAAAUGCCUCCACCGUCCACCAUCCCAUCACCGCAUAAUAAUAUCACCAUCUCUCCUGAUCCUGUACUUCCAAUGACAAUUACCCCGGAGCAGAAGCGAGAACCUGUGUCCCCCAAAGCUUCUAAGCCCAAGAGCGCGGGCUUCAAGCCGAUCGGUCAGACUAGCUCUGCUCUCAAACGGUUCUUCCCUGCCGAUGACGAUGACGACAUAAUUCCUAAGGUAGCCCAACCCCAAAUAACACACUGGGUCCCGGAACCGUCUGCUCAACUACCGUUGAGAAAGGACAAUCUAAUCAUCAGUGAUACUCUUCCACGAAGCCUGCCGCCCAAGCCACUUACUCCUUUACUACCUCCCAAGCCGCCUCCACCUCUCACUCCUAUUGAUUUCCUACCCCCGAAUCCAAUUCGUCGUUUCCGAACAAUAUCGCCGCCGCAUGUGGUAGAAAAUGUGGUAGAGAAACAACCGACACCCCCGCCUGUUGCAUCCGAGGAGGAGCAAGUAACCCCCGUUGGACAUUCCGAGCACGACAUACAUCCUCCCGAACGAGUCGGUUCGCAGGAUAUCGACAUCCCGGAGUACGCCUCUUCCGAGAAAGAGUUGUACGCUAUCGUCAGUCAGGUUGGUGAGGGUACAUUCGGGAAAGUAUACAAGGCACGGAAUACCAUCACGAAGGUCCACGUUGCUUUGAAGCGUAUACGAAUGGAGACCGAACGCGACGGCUUCCCGGUGACUGCCAUGAGAGAGAUCAAGCUCCUUCAAUCUUUACGGCACGACAACGUUGUCAGACUGUACGAAAUGAUGGUUUCGAACGGUUCGGUGUAUAUGGUCUUCGAGUACAUGGACCACGACUUGACCGGUGUCCUUUCGCAAACACAGUUCAGCUUUGAGGACGCUCAUCUCAAAUCUCUUUGCCACCAGAUGCUGGCUGGGCUCGCUUACCUUCAUCACAAGGGAGUCAUCCAUAGGGAUAUCAAAGGGUCUAAUAUCUUGCUGAACAACCGGGGGGAGCUGAAGCUAGCGGAUUUCGGUCUGGCCCGAUUCUACCACAAACGACGACGAGUUGACUACACUAACCGUGUUAUCACCCUUUGGUACCGGCCUCCCGAAUUGUUAUUCGGUGCCACUGUAUACGGCCCUGAGGUGGACAUGUGGAGUGCGGGGUGCAUCAUGCUUGAACUGUAUACCAAGAAACCCGUAUUUCAAGGCAACGAUGAGAUACAUCAGCUGGAUGUCAUCUACAGAAUAUUCGGUACUCCAGACCCUCAACGAUGGCGAGGGGUCGGGGAUCUCCCAUGGUUUGAGUUGGUUAAACCCAGGGAAGCCAUGCCAAAUCACUUUCGCGAACUAUUCAAGAAAUGGAUGUCUCCUGCCGCGUUAGACCUGGCGGAACGUUUGCUUGCCUAUGACCCCGCACAACGCGCCACGGCGACGCAAGCGAUGGCUGCAUCUUACUUCACCGAAGAGGAACCGGAAGCAGCUCUUCCCACUGGGUUGGCAACAUUGGAGGGCGAAUGGCAUGAGCUCGAAACAAAAAAGGAGAGGGCCCGCAAGCGCCGCAAGACUGAGGCCACAACGCAAUGA